GAGAGAGAAGGGGGAGUCGUUGUCGUCCUCUGUCGCCGAUCUUGGAGCUCGGAGCUCGAAACCCUAAGCUUUAGAUUGGGAAAAUAGAUAAUUAUAUCAGGUUAUUGAGGCCUGCACUAUCCUUCAUGCCUGAUUAUCCUACCAGUAGAUGCUGCAAAUAAUGGGUGAUAUGGGAAAAGAAGUUGCAGACAUACAUUUUGAUGAAAAAUCAGAUUCUGCUGUUGAUUCCUUCACCCAUGGGGAGCAGUCUGAUGAGCAUGAUUCUAAACAUUUAGGGCUUUCUGAAUCAGAUGAAGCUACAAAAGUCACAUCUGAUUCUCUUGGUGAGGCAUCACCUAUUUACCAAGACAAAAGUGGUUUACAAGAGCAAGAAGUGCCUUCAGUUGAGAACCUUACUUUAGGUCCUGACACAAAUGAGAAGGGAGAAGAGAGAUGUGACAUACAAAAGCCAUCAACUGAUGGUGGACCUACCAGUCAGACUGUUCCUCAACCUUUUGCUGUUGCAACUGACAAGCAUGCAUCGGGUGUCAACCGCACUAUUGCUAAUACUGCCAGGAAUGGAAACAAUGCUCUCAAGACUACCAUAACACCCACAUUAAGGAAGCCUCUGCAACCUGAUAAUACAAAGCAUCUGGAUGAAGAGGAUGCCUGGUCUCUUGCUUCAUCUACGACCGCAUCUAUGAAACAAUUUAAAGGCAGAUAUACGAAGGCAGCUGCUCCUAUCUUUAAAUGCUCUGAACGUGCAGAGAAGCGCAAGGAGUUUUACUUAAAAUUGGAAGAGAAGCAUCAGGCUUUAGAGGCUGAGAAAAGUGAAAGUGAAGCUAGGUCAAAGGAAGAAAGAGAUGCUGCUAUUAAGCAACUCAGAAAGAGCAUGACAUUCAAAGCUACACCCAUGCCGAGUUUCUAUCAUGAGGGGCCUCCUCCUAAAGCCGAGCUCAAAAAGCUGCCAACCACUCGUGCGAAGUCACCAAAGCUUGGUAGAAGAAAGAGCUGUAGCGAUGCAACUAAUCCAUCCAAAGGAACUGAUCAAAGCAGAGUAAGUGGUCGAGUGAACCGACACAGCCUUGAUAACUCCAAGCAAGUAACCAACAAGCUGCAGAAUGGUGCAAGGAAAGACGAUGCAUCUAAGGAUCAAGGAAAUAAAUUAAUCACGACUAGGGCUACUACUAAGGCCCCUGCUCAAAAAGCAUCCAAUCUGAGAAUUUCCAAUAUCGCCGUGCAAUCAUAAGACUCCGACUUGGUGGUGAGACACUCAUCGUUUCCUUAAAAGACUUAUCUCUCACAUCAUGAAUGAUCUAUCUAUUUAUUGUGGGACAUGCUGUUUUCUUCGUGAGAACAUUUUGCUCGGGUUUGUGUGACUUGUGAUGGUGUACAUGCUGUAACUUAUAAAUGUGUCGUCAACUUCUAUGAACUGUUUUGCUUUAUCCUCGCUGUUUCUGCAAGAAAGUUUGUACCCGGAGGAAAAAA